AUGGCUGCCGCCUCCCCUCCGAGAGAGCUGGAGGGUGAGGUUCUCUUGAGAGACCCUGUAGCCACGGACUGUGGUCAUGUCCUCUGCUUUCACUGCAUCAUCCGGGUAUGCGAAUCUCCCAGGCAGCCAUGGCAUUGUUCUCUCUGCAAGGCCGUCUUUAAGAGAAAGAAUAUUCGCCACGUGCGGCAGAUGGCCCGCCUAGUGGAAAACAUCUGGAGGAUGAAGAUAGAUGGCGAGAGACCACCCGGAGAGGACAGACCACUUGAGCAAAAUGCAGAGAUGCUAUGUGGGCUACAUUUGGAGAAGCUCCAUUAUUACUGCAAGGGUGACCAGCAAAUACUGUGUGUGAUGGGCCAGGAGGCCCGGGAGCACAGGCCUCAUACUGCUGUUCUCUUGAAGAAGCCUGUGCAGCCUUACUGGGGUAAAAUUAUAAAGCAUCUGAAGAUUCUGAAGGGAGACAGGGAUAGGAUUGAGGAAUUUCAGUCUACAGGAGAAGAUGAGUUUGAGGCCCUGCUGGUGAGCAAAGUCUCUCCACAGCAGGACACUGUGUCAGUGUUUGAACGGGGGCAGCAGUUCUUGAGACAGAGAGAGAGAGAGCAGGGCCUGCUGGAGCCGCUGGAGGGGAUUGAGCAAGAGCGGGCCGAAGGCAGGAGCGGCCAGGUCAGCAAGGGCUCUGUGCAAGUGCUCCGACUUGGAGCCCCGAUUUCUGAGUCGGAAGAAAAGCCUCAGCAGCGGGCAGCUGAGCUUCUGCAGGACCCCAGUGACACAGUGGGCGGGUGCCCCCGGAAGAAGUUCUGGCCUAUCAGUGCUGAGAUCAAAAAGCAGGCAGAAGAGUUUGCAGACAAACUUUGUUCUUUAGAGAAAGGAAUCAGAGAAUUCAAUGGAAAAUUGCAAAGGGAUCUGGAGUAUAAAACCAUGGGGAUCAUCCUGAAUUCGCAGACAGCUGGUGGUUUCCUCUCAGUGUCUCCGAAUGGGAAGAGCAUGAUACGCACUGGUUUGUGGAUGAACAAAUACCAGCAUGGUCCGAGAUUUGACCCUGAGCCUGGGGUGCUGGGCAGUAAGGCCUUCACAUGAGGCAAAGUGUACCGGGAAGUGAAAGUGGAGGAUAUGGUGGGAUGCAGAGGAGAAGAAGCAACGAAGUACUGGGGUGCAGCCAGGGGCAUGUUUGGCACUAGCAGUCUUGGUGGAUUAACGGGCGCUACCGAUGGUUACAGUUCCACUGGAUAUAGAAACGAGAGUGAAGAGUUGGAGGAGGAGUGGCCACAAUAAAAUGAAAUAUGGCCAACAUUCUGCCUGGUGGGAGUGGCAAGAGAGUCAGUAGUGAGAAGAGGAUUUCUCAACAUCAGCCCCGAGGAAGGAUUCUGGACCCUGCAGCUGUCUUCAGCUGGCAUGUAUACAGGCACUAGCCCUGAGCCCUUCCAGAUUCUGUCCUACUGUCCAAGGCAGAUUGGAGUUGCUCCGGAUUAUGUUGGUGGGAAGGUAACCUUUUCCAAUGCUAGGACUCGGGAGUUUAUCUAUGAAUUCUCCUCUUCCUUCUAUGGGAGAAUUUUCCCUUUCCUAUGGCUUAAGUGCAUGAGAUCUAGACUUACGGUGAGGCCCUGA